AUGGCUCAGUCAGUGACGCGCGAUAACCUUAACCCCAACCCCAGUGUGCACAUUGCCCUUAGGCUGGCCAGGGACCACAACAUGGAAAUGGAGAAGGUGCUCCUGCAGGAGCUGAAGGAAGGUGCUGUCAGGAAGGUGCUGGCCGGUGAGGAUUUCUCCUCAGGUUUGGUUGCUCUGUACACGUUGGCCGUGUCUGCAUCCUGUAAUGAUCCCACUCAAGUCACCGCCAAUGGCAACACCAUCAACCUGAUCGAGAUUCUGCAGGAGAAAUUAACAAACGAAAUCAAACACAUUGAAGCCACAACAUUCCCCCUCAGUAGUUACUACGAAGUUAGCCUGGACGUGCUAACGCUGUGUGUGAUGAAUAGCCCGAUUUCACAGUGCAAAAUCCAGGUACUCAUUGACGCAGUGUUGAAGGAUAAAUUCAUAUAUGGAUUGGACUUCUCAGUUGAUACAGGAGCUGUCGCUGCACUGGCUCUGAGGUGUGUGAAAGACACAGGGAACAAUAUGAAAACAACAGACCUUGAAAACGCUUUGUUGAAGGUCCUCACUCAGAUACUACACCAUGUAAAGAGUGAUGGGACAAUUGGCAACCGUUACAGUACAGGGCUGGCCAUUCAGCUCGUCACACGGGCGAAACGGGUGGGCAGAGUUCACGUUUUGAUCAAUUCCUCAUCCACGGGCAAGGCGCUGUCGGUCAACUCAGAUCUCACCCCGACAGGAUCCUGGAACCAGAGCAAGUCCCUGGAGAAGCUCCUCAGCGAGAUUCACAAAGGAUCCUUCUCCAAUCCAGCGGCAGCGUCACAAAUAGUCCCAUCGCUGGAGGGGAGGACUUACUUGGACGUGACCAGGUUGAACUGUUCAGCCGAUCAAGACAAUCUGACCUUGCCGGGGACCAGCACCAGCUCUCCCCCUGUCACCAAAGGUGUUCCCAUCACCGUCGAGUACAACAUUGCGGACACUCUGAUGCACACCUUCAGUGAUGCGGUGAACAUGACUGUGCCAAAAGGCAGCCCUCUGAUCCAGGUGUUGGAGGCGGCUCAACAUCUGUAUCCUGUGCGAUUCAGCUUUAGUGUCACAAUGACAAAGUGGGGUCCAUCUCUGACCAGAAUUCGAGGCCUUUCAGCUUCCAGAGAAGACAGAACAUACUGGAAGCUUCUGAAUGGAUCGAAACCACUGGAUCAGGGCAUUGGUGAUUACAGACCAGUCAAUGGGGAACGUAUCUUUGCAAAGCUCAGUCACUACUGA